UUGCUUUAAUUUAUGAAAUGUUAAAAUGAAGAUUACUACAGAUUUCUCACGUGCACCAUAUUUCUUUUCUAGAUAUCGUGCUGUACUUUAUCCCUGUCCAGACACUGCCACAAAAAGGCAGGAAAUGGCUAUUGGAGUAAAUACAAGCAUUGAGGAUAUUCAAACAGUACUGAAUGAAACACGUGUCCAUCGUCAUCAGUUGUUGGUGACUGUAGCCAAGAACAUUAAACAGUGGUUCAUCAAGGUAAAAAAGAUCAAGGCCAUUUAUCACACCAUGAACAUGUUCAACCUGGACGUGACUCAGAAAUGUCUUAUUGCUGAGUGUUGGUGUCCAGUUAGUGACUUGGAUAAGAUUCAGCAGGCACUGCGGCGUGGCACGGAGCGCAGCAGGGCUGCUAUACCGUCCAUUCUGAAUCGCAUGUCAACAGACGAAGAACCACCAACCUUUAACAGGACAAACAAGUUUACACAGGGGUUUCAAGCUAUUGUAGAUGCCUAUGGAGUGGCCAACUACCAAGAGGUUAAUCCAGCUCUGUUCACUAUCAUCACUUUUCCAUUCCUGUUUGCGGUCAUGUUUGGUGACUGUGGUCAUGGGUUAAUCAUGUUUCUGUUUGCAUUGUGGUUGGUGCUUAAAGAAAAGAAACUGGAGAAUUACAAAGGAGGAGAGAUGUUUGAGACCGUAUUUGCUGGCCGCUAUAUAAUUCUGUUGAUGGGACUGUUUUCAAUCUAUACUGGCCUUAUAUACAAUGACUGCUUUUCAAAGUCAUUCAACAUCUUUGGCACUGCAUGGGAUCUUAGUGUAGAUUGGGAUGGCAUCAGUAAAAAGACGCUUGACUCAUAUGGUAAUACAUCCAAAGCAAUCUUGCUGGACCCAAAGAAGACAUACCGAGGGAUACCUUACUUCUUUGGUAUUGAUCCAGUAAGUUCCUUUGUUAUGCUAUAUGUACAUGAUUAUGGGAGAUGAUGUCAGUCUAAUACACAGACUGUGGACUGCAGACCAUGUCAAUGACCAUGACUGUGAUAUAAGACACAGACUGUGGCAGUAUAAAACGUGGACUA